UGCGGGUAGCAAAGGAACUGUGAGAAGGAGAUAAUCACACUACAAGACUUUCUCAUCCUUAGUUUUACCUGUGACACCCUCGCAAUGACAAGCCGGAGCAGCAAAGGGGACACUUAAGGGGAAUUUACGGAAAUCAUUACAGCUAGGAAACUAUAUAAAAUAAUUGACAGUAACUAUUGGGGAUAUUCGUUGGUAUCGACUUGGAGUAACUUUGGAUACUUGGACAGUGACUAUCGGAGAAUAUCUAUCUAUUCAUCAUUUUCGCUUACACAUUGCAUGAAACUGAGAGUGGAAGCACCAUGAGUCGGAAAACUAGACGCUGGAUUUUUCGGGUUUUGCUUUGCCUUGGGAUUGUCUAUUUGAAAAUCGGUGGCUUUUCAUCCGUGGUCGCGCUAGGUGCGAGUAUAAUCUGUAACAAGAUUCCCGGGUUGGCUCCCCGACAGCGGAUAAUCUGCCAGAGUCGCCCCGAUGCCAUUAUUGUCAUCGGAGAGGGAGCCCAAAUGGGGAUCAACGAGUGUCAGUUUCAAUUCAAAAAUGGGCGCUGGAACUGCUCUGCGCUUGGAGAGAGAACGGUCUUCGGAAAAGAGUUGAAAGUGGGCAGUAAAGAGGCUGCGUUCACCUACGCCAUCAUUGCAGCCGGAGUUGCCCACGCCAUCACUGCAGCCUGUACGCAGGGAAACCUGAGUGACUGCAGCUGUGAUACGGAGAAGCAGGGUUUCUACAGUAAAGGCCAGGGCUGGAAGUGGGGAGGCUGUUCAGCAGACAUCAGCUACGGCCUGGGCUUUUCGAAGGUGUUCGUUGAUGCCAGGGAGGUCAAACAGAACGCCAGGUCUCUCAUGAACCUGCAUAACAACGAGGUGGGACGCAAGAUCCUGGAGAAGAACAUGCAUCUGGAAUGCAAGUGUCACGGUGUUUCGGGCUCCUGCACCACUAAAACCUGCUGGACUAAACUUCCCAAGUUUCGCGAGCUCGGCUACAUUCUCAAAGAGAAGUAUGCCCAUGCUGUGCACGUGGAACCGGUCAAAGCCAGCCGCAACAAGCGGCCCAAAUUCCUCAAGAUCAAGAAGCCCUACUCCUACCGGAAGCCCAUGGACACAGACCUUGUGUUCAUUGAGAAGUCCCCUAACUACUGCGAGGCGGACCCAGUGACAGGCAGUAUGGGGACGCAGGGCCGGAUGUGUAAUAAGACUGUUACGCAGCAGAUCAGCGGCUGUGACCUGAUGUGCUGUGGACGAGGGUACAACACACACCAGUACUCCCGCGUGUGGCAGUGCAACUGCAAGUUCCUGUGGUGCUGCUACGUCAAAUGCAACACCUGCAGUGAGAGGACAGAGGUGUACACCUGCAAAUGACAGUAUUUAUUGGACCGUCGGAUGUGUGUGUGUGUGUGGAUGUGUGUGUGUGUACAUAGUGGAAACUUUUUUAGGUAAUGGAUCAAUGCUGUAUUUGCAGCAGUAGACGUUGAGGAACUAUAAGCAGAAGAUGGAACAACAGCGAUUUUGUCUGCACACAAUGCUCCUUCUCCCCUCUCAUUGGACAUAUACUGGGAUGCCUGCAACAGAUCACCAUAAAGGGAAACACACUGUGUCCUGGAUGGCAGGAUGGGACAGCCUCUGGACAUUAACUAUAACACACUGUGUCCUGGAUGGCAGGAUGGGACAGCCUCUGGACAUUAACUAUAACACACUGUGUCCUGGAUGGCAUGAUGGGACAGCCUCAGGACAUUAACUAUAACACACUGUGUCCUGGAUGGCAUGAUGGGACAGCCUCAGGACAUUAACUAUAACACACUGUGUCCUGGAUGGCAUGAUGGGACAGCCUCAGGACAUUAACUAUAACACACUGUGUCCUGGAUGGCAGGAUGGGACAGCCUCAGGACAUUAACUAUAACACACUGUGUCCUGGAUGGCAUGAUGGGACAGCCUCAGGACAUUAACUAUAACACACUGUGUCCUGGAUGGCAGGAUGGGACAGCCUCAGGACAUUAACUAUAACACACUGUGUCCUGGAUGGCAGGAUGGGACAGCCUCAGGACAUUAACUAUAACACACUGUGUCCUGGAUGGCAUGAUGGGACAGCCUCAGGACAUUAACUAUAACACACUGUGUCCUGGAUGGCAUGAUGGGACAGCCUCAGGACAUUAACUAUAACACACUGUGUCCUGGAUGGCAUGAUGGGACAGCCUCAGGACAUUAACUAUAACACACUGUGUCCUGGAUGGCAGGAUGGGACAGCCUCAGGACAUUAACUAUAACACACUGUGUCCUGGAUGGCAGGAUGGGACAGCCUCAGGACAUUAACUAUAACACACUGAGCUAUCUGCCAGCCAGCCAGCCUAUGUUUUUGGACUAGGUGUCAAUGCUGAGACUGUUAAAAAGCUAUGGAUGGAUGUGUACUAUUUGUUGACUGUAGAGUGAAUGGAUUCCCCCAACGCUCACCAUAAAUCAAUGCUGGAUAUAAUGCUGGACUGUGCUACUACUGUAGUUCUCUGUAUCUGUACACUCUUAGGAAAAGGGGUUCUGAAAGGGCUCUUCAGCUGUCCCCAUAGUAUAACCCUUCCAGGUAGAACCCUUUUGGGUUCCAUAUAGAACCCUCUGUGGAAAGGAUUUUACAUGGAACCCAUAAGGGUUCUACCUGGAACCAACAAUUAUUCUUCAAAGGGUUCUCCUAUGGGGACAGCCAAAGAACCCUUUUAGGUUGUAGAUAGCACCUUUUUUCUAAGAGCGUAGCUCAAUAAGACACGCUAUGCACAAAUGAAAUUAAACAACCAUUGGGAAUAUUUAACACACUGUAUUUAGAGACAAAUAAAUAAUAUUAAUUUAUUUCAUAAAGAAACUACUGAUUUUAUCCAUUAUGGAGCAAGUCUUAAUUGUGUAGAUGGUGGGUUCUUCCCCAAUGAGAGUUUUUGUUAUUGUUUUGUUUGUUAAUACAAUCCAAAAUAGAACUUAAGAGUCAUACACUGGAAUUAGGUCAACCUGGAAUAUUAUGUUGCUCAUUGUUCCAGGUUAGGCUGGUAAUAGGCUACUGACAUUGACUUUCUCAUGAAUUUGUGCUUAAUCUGAAAUCGUACCCUAUUCCCUUUGUAGUGGCUCUGGCCAAAAGUAGUGAACUAUAUGGGGAAUAGGGUGCCAUUUUGGACGUGACCUUAGUCUUCCUUCUGUUUGCUGCUAGUCUGGAGAAUCCCUCACUGUGGUCUAAGGGCAUCAACACUACUGUCUGUGUUGAAUGACAAUGCUCACCUCAAGCUGACUAAAUUUAACAAGACAUAUUCAACCAGACACUCUUUUUGGUAAAUAUUGGUAAAGAGAGUAUAUUUUGAAAAAGCCUAUUUUUAUAUAAAUGUCUUAUUUAUACUAUUUCUUCUGGCAUAAUUCAAUAUCAUGCUCUUCCCUCUUUAUCCCGCUGUAAAAUCCAUGUGGGAAAAUGUGCGAUCUUGUGUUUGCCACUGCUGUCACUUCAUUGUUGUACUGUAUACUGUAUGUUAUUUGGAACCAUGUGUUUGUCCCUGUGAAUAUAUGGCUGUGUUCAAACUGCUUUGUUUACUGCAUUUCAUGACUGCUAUGGUUGGAAUACAGGAACGGGAUAAGACUAACAA